AUUGAAUGACGUCAGCAGCCGUUAUAUGAGUCGAAAUUUUGGAAGUUAGUAGAUCACAUGAUAAAAACAUUUCUGAGGCCAGCCAGAUCAGGAAGCGAUUGCCGGUCACCAGCCAGAGAUCCGGAUUUGAUUUGAUUUGAUUUGAUUGGCGAAUGCGAUGGGGUUUAUUUUUACCACUCUGAUUUUCGUUGCUAUUGGACUCAUUGCAUCCCUUUGCACCCGAAUCUGCUGCAACAAAGGCCCUUCUGCUAAUCUGUUCCACCUUACGUUGGUGAUUACUGCAACUAUAUGCUGUUGGAUGAUGUGGGCAAUUGUUUAUCUUGCACAGAUGAAUCCACUCAUUGUUCCGAUUCUAAGUGAAGAAGAAUGAGAUCCUACGCAGCCUGAGCAUUUGUCAUUUAUGGAGGAAAUUGGUGAACAUAGUUGAUAUUUAUAAGAACUAGUGAGUUUUGUAUGUAAUCAGUAACCCUUAUGGAGUUCAUUUGUUUUGUUUCUAAUAAACUGUUGGCUUUCUGGCUCAGUUUUCACUAGCAAUUUCUUAAAGGCAAUAAAUCGACUGUUGUUACUUUUAA